AUGAAGUCCACAUGGCUCACUAUCCUGUGCUGGACUUACAUCCGGCGGUCCACAUCUUUCCCUGUCGAUGACAGGUCCGUAUUUACACCAUGGGAUCUGGCGAAAAGAGAGAUCGAAGCAGCUAUCUUCUCCAAUCCUCUGGGACCCCAAUUUGGAGUACCUGAUGAGACGUGUCGUGGCAGGCUGGAGGGCGACAACACCGGUAGUUGCUGGAAGAUGGCAGAUGUUACAGUUGAUAAAUUCAUCGCAAACCGAAAACCCGAGGCCAACGAAUGCGACGUGCCCUGCCUUUUCUACACCUCGAAACUCACUGGAGCGGCAGAAAGGCUGGCCAACUUUGUUCUGAAGGAGGUACUUUUGACGGGGGCUGCGGAAGGACCGCGCAAGUAUCAAACUAUCUGGGAGCUACAUCCGCCAAAGUUCUAUCCAAACAAGAAUGACCUCGACAAGACUCCCGAGGCCAAAUGCAUCUUCCAGGACUGGACGCAAGAUGACUAUGAACGGAACUUCGAUGGCUGCCAACGGCUAUACUUCAAGUCAAUGUCGAAGGCCAUGGCAAUGGAGUGCAAAGGCGAGGUCUUCUUGAUGACCAAUUCAGAUCUGAGCGGUACUCGCCCCAAACAAGAACAACAAGAAGAAGAAGAAGAAGAAGAAGAAGAAGAAGAAGAAGAAGAAGAAGAAGAAGAAGAAGAAAAAGUUCCAGUGGAUGGAAUUUGGUGGCAGGUUGAAUUUCCGACACUGAUCGAUGAUGCUCGACCCGCGGACAAGAAAAUCACAAGAAUCACUUAUCUUCAAGUACCUUUUAGGGACCCUGGAACGCUAACUGCAGAAGAGAGAAGCAAGCCCCCCAAGAUUGAGGCGAGGGGGGAGUAUUGGCCUAAUGGAGUUGGCAACAAGCAUUUGCAAAGCUUUCGCAACGAACAAAGUCCGCAAUCGACGCCGAGCCCGCAAUCAACCCCCACUCCCACCCCCGAGGCAGCCAAUCCGGUUGAGACCCCUUCCAACGGUCUUGUCAGGAGGGCAGAUCGGACAGAUGAAGAAGUCCUUGAAUCUGAUGACGAAGGUUAUCCUUAUCAUUACUCUAUCGAUGAGAUCUAUGACUGGUACAAGGAAGCAGCGUGGUAG